CUUAAGUGCAUGCGCUUCUAGAUUGCAUUUGAACAUACGAACCUGUUUCUCGCGCCUCUCGUUAAUAUCAUUUAUAUCACUUGUUCUCAGUACACAACCAAUGAUGUCAUUCCCAGCAAGCGGCAUUCAGUCCGAAUGGCGCAAUCGCGGGGACUUGCCUUCCUGAUGCGGAGCCGAGAGAAAAAAAUACAUUUCUUCAAUAUUAAUAAUAUAGCUAGGUAAAGGACUGUCUCUCAAUGGAUUCCUUCGCUCAGACACAUUCUUCUGCCAUUGCAUUGUUUUAGAUCGUUUGCUAUUGACACUGGAUUUGGAGCUGCGCAAUCCAUGGCACACCCUUUGAGUCGGGCUGACGAGGUUGGCAGCCUCCUCGCUGCCGUCCAGAAACUCCUCAUUCCGUUCAUUCGCUCUGCCGAUGCUCCUCACUCUCCCGAAAAUGGUUCUACGAAUGGCACAAAUGGCAAUUUAGCCACCUCUUUAGUCAACCACAAAAGCCCAGAUGAGCUGGAGAAGCUGCUGAAACUCGACUUCCCACGCACCGGCCAGGGACAAGGAAGAUUCCUUGAGGUUGUGCAGCAGAUUUUACAUUACUCGGUGAAUACUUGGCACCAAGGCUUUUUGGACAAGCUCUAUGCGUCAACAAAUGCUCCAGGCGUCGCUGCUGAGCUUAUUCUCGCGGCGCUGAACACCAAUGUUCAUGUUUACCAUGUCUCUCCCGCCUUGACCCUCAUCGAAAAACACACAACCAAAAAGCUAGCGUCGCUGUUCGGGCUCGACGGGCCUUACUCUGGGGGUAUUUCUGUUCAGGGUGGUUCGGCUUCAAAUACAACAUCCAUUGUGAUCGCAAGAAACAUUCUGUACCCGAAGACCAAGGAAGAAGGGAAUGGCAGCUACAAGUUUGUUCUCUUCACAAGUGACCAUGGCCACUAUAGUAUCGAAAAAGCGUCUCAAAUGCUUGGGUUCGGAAGCAAUGCCGUCUGGUCUGUACCCGUUGACCAAAAGGGCCGCAUAAUCCCGUCUGAACUUGAAAAUCUUAUACAACAAGCUAGAGAUCAAGGUAGAACUCCAUUCUACGUGAAUGCGACUGCUGGGACAACCGUUUUAGGGUCCUUUGAUCCAUUUAAUCAGAUAGCAGAUAUUUGCCAAAAAUAUAACCUUUGGCUUCAUGUUGACGGCUCAUGGGGCGGCUCGUUCGUGUUUUCCAAGAACCAAAAGUCUAAGCUCGCGGGAGUAGAGAAGGCCAACAGCAUCGCCAUCAACCCUCAUAAAAUGCUCGGUGUUCCUGUAACCUGCUCUUUCCUAUUGGCAGCCGACCUUCGCCAGUUUCAUCGUGCAAAUACUCUUCCAGCAGGAUAUCUUUUCCAUAGCCCCGAUGAUAUUGAGCAGCCUAGUGGGAAGCCAGAAGACAUAUCAACUGACUUACAAGUUGACUCUCCCGAGGUCUGGGAUCUUGCAGAUUUGACCCUUCAAUGUGGUCGACGAGCUGACUCUCUGAAAUUGUUCUUGAGCUGGACAUAUUACGGAUCUGAAGGCUAUGAGCGCAAAAUCGACGAGGCCGCUGAUGUUGCCUCAUAUUUAGCAACUGUCAUUGAUAGUCACCCAGAUUUACUUCUUCUCAGUGACAACCCGCCUCCAUGUUUACAGGUGUGCUUUUACUACGCACCCGGAAAACGCUUAGUUUACGAUGGAGAGAGUGAAGAUCAUGUCUCCGAGAAUCUACAUGCAGCCAAGAAUAGCAAAGUAACCGAGAAAAUAACCCAUGCACUCGUUGCAAAAGGCUACAUGGUUGAUUUUGCACCACCAAGUAGUAAUGAUAUUGAGAACGUUGGGAACGGAAAGUUCUUCCGAUGUGUCGUUAACAUCUCAACAACCAGAGAAACCAUAGACGGUCUGAUUCACGCUUUUGAGGAAGUAGCCCCUGAAGUCAUCCGAAAGCUGAAAGGAUAAGUAGGGGAACUUUUUAAGCAUUCUAGAUAUUAAAACCUUGAGACCUGUAUCUAUCAUCAGAAUACAUAGAUGUGAGACUAUGACAUAGACAUGAAUACAUACAUUUUUG